CUCUGGCACCACCGCCUCUAUGGUCGGCCGUUAGCGCGGCGCUUCCGGCGGGCGCGGGGCGUUGUGGGGGAUCGUCGAGUGCCUCUAAGUCGGCGGCGGAGCUCUGGAGCGGGGCGUGAUGUCUCACACAAUUCUACUUGUGCAGCCUACCAAGAGGCCAGAAGGCCGAACAUACGCCGAUUAUGAAUCAGUGAAUGAGUGCAUGGAAGGAGUCUGUAAAAUGUAUGAAGAGCAUUUGAAGAGAAUGAAUCCCAACAGUCCAUCCAUUACAUACGAUAUCAGCCAGUUGUUUGACUUCAUUGAUGACUUGGCAGAUCUCAGCUGUCUUGUUUACCGUGCUGAUACUCAGACAUACCAACCAUACAAUAAAGACUGGAUAAAGGAGAAGAUCUACGUCCUCCUCCGCAGGCAGGCUCAGCAAGCAAGCAAAUAAUGGGGGCAGCAUCCUUACGUGGGUUUGGGGAGGGCUUGGACAACAGGUGUGUACAGAGUGUAGUAGUGAAAGUUUUGUAUUAUAGUCAUCCUGUUGCCAUCUUGUUAACUCUUCAGUCAGGCCUGAAUGACUUAGAGAUGCAAGGAUUUUGUUGGAUUCAACCUUUUUUUCCAGUGUAAUUGAAAAAGAAAGUGCAGCAUCUUCUGCAAAGUUUUAAUUUGAUUUUGGUUGGUUUGUUGUUUUUUUUUUUUUUUUUUCCCCCCUCUGGUCAACUAAUGGUCCUACCUUGUUUGAACCCUGGGGCUGUUCACACUGUACUUCACCACACUUAUUGUAUGUGCCCUUCUGUGGGGUUUUCAGUGUUUAGUUUUUUCCUUGGGGCAGUCUUAACAGGAAAUAAACUACCCUUUAGUUAAA